GAAUCAAGAAGUGGGAAGCCGGGUAUCGAUAAUUGCCGUAUGAGUAGGACUACGCAAGUGCCCUCCGGGGGAACAGUUUAGUCGUUCUGUUAAGUUUUAGACGUGUUGUUAUUGUCGAGUGUCUUUAAGAUUUAAUUGAGAAUGGCGCCAAUAAGCGGUUGUUGUGCAAAGCCAAGUGGACCUGGGUACAAGACGCCGGCUGAUGCCAUGAAGGGUCCCAAAGAAAAAAUCCUUUAUGUUUCCUGCAUCCAGCCCUACCCAGAGGAGAAGAAAUCUCCCGAUUACAUAGCCACAGUUGAUGUCGAUCCUUCCAGUCCAUCCUAUAUGCAGAUAAUCCACCGUGCGUAUAUGAGCGCAGUUGGAGAUGAAAUCCACCAUUUUGGAUGGAACUCAUGUAGCAGUUGUUGCAACGAUGCAACAAAAAAGAGAAAUAAAAUUAUUGUCCCAGCUCUCGGUAGCGACCGAAUUCACAUUUUCAGUGUUGAUGAUCCCAAGGCUCCGAAGUUGAUCAAGGUGAUCCAGCCGGAGGAAGUGCAUGCCUUGAAUGCAUCGGCCUUGCACACGACGCAUUGUCUUCCGUCAGGCGAUAUCAUGAUAUCGGCAAUGGGGGAUGCCACAGGAGAGGGGCUCUGUAAUUACAUUCUAAUCGAUAAUGAAACCAACUCUUUGAAAGGUGUUUGGACUGACCAAGAAAACAUCAAACCAGCAAAGUUCGGUUACGAUUUUUGGUACCAACCGUACUGGGACACCAUGAUAUCGUCAGAGUGGGGCAUUCCAAAUAAAUUUAAACCGUGUUUCGUAGAGGAACAUGCCCUGGAUCCUGAAAUAUACGGCAGAUCUCUGAACGUUUUCUCAUGGUCAAAAAGGAAGCUUACACAGAUUAUCGACUUAGGGCCGGAGGGGAUAACGCCGCUAGAACUGCGGUUUCUUCACGAGCCCACCGCCGCUGAGGGAUUCGUCGGCUGCGGUUACCCAGGACAUAUUUUCAGGUUUUUCCGGAAGGAUGACGGAUCUUGGGAUGCAGAAAAAGUCAUACACAUUGCAAAGAAGAAGGUCAUCGGUCACACAGAGCCGGAAAUUGGAGGAAUGACGUUGGAUAUCGUGAUUUCAAUGGAUGAUCGUUUUCUCUACACAAAUAAUUGGAUGCAUGGAGAUAUUUGCCAGUAUGAUAUUACUGACACGCGGCACCCUAAACUGGUCGGCCAAAUUUUCUUAGGUGGUAAAUUGUUGAAGGAUGGGCCGCUUAAAUUAAUUGAUGAGGAGCAACCUGAGCCAGUAUACGUGAAGGGAAGAAAAUUAGACGGCGCGCCACAAAUGAUGCAGUUAAGUCUUGACGGAAAAAGAUUGUACGUCUCCACAGCAGUAUUCACACCCUGGGACAAGCAAUUCUAUUUGGAGCAUGUCAACAAUGGAUCAACUAUGGUGAAAGUCGACGUAAAUACAGAAACCGGCGGUCUAACUCUGGACCCUGAUUUUUUGGUUGAUUUCGGAAAAGAACCAAACGGUCCGAUCUUAGCUCAUGAAAUCAGGUACCCUGGAGGCGAUUGUACUUCGGACAUUUUCAUGAAACAACCAGCAUAGGUUAACUCCAAAACCGAAAUCAUCAAUCAUGUGCUAACUCAGGAAUUUUAAGUCAUUAAUAAUUAAUUAAUUCAUACUUGGUCUUGAGACGUGAAGAUGGCCAGGUUUGAACAUGCUUCAAUGGCUAACGGAUGAUGAUGACCGAUUGAUCUUAAGGAAAAGCUUUGUGAAUCUAACAUCGUAUCAAAUAAAAAUAAUAUAUGCGUACUUUCUUUCA